AUGACUUCAUUGAUACAAACCUCAAUCGAGGCAAUGGGGAACCCCAACAAAACCAAAAAUGAACAUUCGACAUCUUCAUCUGAGCUCUCAGUAGACUCGACCACAGAGCAAAAGCUUACCAAGACCACAACAACAAAAUCAAUCCCCAUUUUGAAAUCAUUUCAAGAUUGGUGGUCGUCUUCACUGGAACUUAAACGGGAGCAUGGGGCAGUGAAUAAAGAUGAUCCUAAAUUUAAAGAAGCAUUAUUAAAGAAUAGACAGAUAGAGUAUGAUUUAUUUAGAGCACUUUUGCCAGACGAUGUAUACAUUGAGUCACCCAUGGCAGGGGAAACAGCUAACGAGGCAGGACCCAUUUCCAUGCAAGGGAAAUCACUAGACGUUGAACUCAGUGACGGUUCAUUUAUUCAUGAAUUUUAUUUGGAGAAUACUGAUCCAGGACCAGACCAACAUAUAGUCAUCAUUCAUGGUUAUAUGGCAGCAUUGGGCUAUUUCAUCAAAAACAUUGAGCUGAUGAUUAGAAUCCCGGGGAUACGUAUACACUUGAUAGAUUUGCCUGGGUUUGGCAACUCUGCCAGACCAAAAUUCCCACGACAAUUUUUAACAACUCCACCAAAGAAACGACAACAAAUUGAACAGAUUUUGGAAAUUGAAAAUUGGUUUAUUGACAAGAUUGAAAACUGGCGAUUGCAAAGACACAUCAACUCAUUCAAACUCAUUGCUCACUCAAUGGGGGCAUACUUGUCCUGCUGUUAUUUGAUGAAGUAUAAUAUUCAAAAGGAUGGGUCAAAAAUCGUGUCUGAUUUGAUCUUGGUGAGCCCUAUGGGCACAGAGUCCAACGAACAUAGUUUAAUCAAUGACGAGAGGUUCAAUGUAAAUCUUCACUAUGCAAGUAACCCAUUACGAGAAUUGCAAUUUGAAGAUGAGGAUGAUCAACAAGUGGUAAUUAGUCCCGAAUUCACCAAAGCUUGGGAACUUGUAGGUAAACCCAAAUUCCCCAAAAGUUCAGUAUUGCAAAAGUUGUGGGAAAAUAACAAGUCACCAUUUGACUUGUUACAGAAAACCGGUCCAUUUUAUUCUAAAUUGAUCUCGUACUGGUCAUUUGCAAGAUUUAGAAACUUGAAUACUGGUGGUGGUGACAACAACAACAAUAACAACAACGAUGAAGCAUUAGAUUUGAUUUAUAAAUUACACAGCUACUCAUUCUCGAUAUUCAAUCAGUACCAAGCGUCGGGCGAAUUGGCAAUUACCAAACUCAUAAAUCAUGAAAUCUUGCCCAAAUUGCCCCUUUGCGAUCGUGGAUUUGUUGAUUUCCUUGUUGAACAUGACAUCAGUACGUUGUGGUUGUACGGUGAAAAGGACUGGAUGAAUUCUAAAGGUGGCGAGUACAUUUGUAAAAAGAUACGCGAAAACAAUGAUGCUAAAACCCAGUUUAAAGUGGUUAAAGAUGCUGGCCAUCAUAUAUAUUUAGACAAUCCACAAGCUUUCAAUACGCUUGUGCUAGAUUUUUUCAAUUUACAUACUUUAAUAAAUUAG